AUGUGUGGUGGUGCUAUCAUCGCCGAUCUCAUACCUCGUCCCCGCCGCCUCAACUCCACCAACGUCUGGCCCAACUCCACCGUCUACCCUAAACUCAACCCUUUCCAAUCAGAAUUUAACCACUUUGAAGAAGAAGCCUCUCCUGUUCAUAAACGAGCUCCAUUAUCUUCAGGAAACCUCUUUCAUUCCUUUUUUCUUUCUUAUGUUUUCUUUAUUACUAGAAAAAGACAGAGGAAGAAUUUGUACCGAGGAAUCAGGCAGCGUCCAUGGGGAAAAUGGGCGGCUGAGAUUCGUGAUCCGAGGAAAGGUGUUAGGGUUUGGUUGGGUACUUUCAACACAGCGGAAGAGGCUGCUAGAGCUUACGACGCAGAAGCUCGAAAAAUCCGUGGAAGAAAAGCUAAGGUUAAUUUUCCCAACGAAGGAGAUUCUUACAACUGUGCUUCACUUCGUAAUGGUUCUUUUGUGAGUUUCUCAAACGAAGCCAUUGGUUCGGGGGAAAAGGGGUUUGUUCCGGCAAUGGCGAAAGAAAUGGUUACGGAGAAGAAAGCGGAAGUCGUACAGGAAGUUAACGAAGUGGAGAAGCUGUCUGAGGAACUCAUGGCGUACGAAUCAUAUAUGAAAUUUUACGAGAUGCCGUAUCUCGAAGGGGAGCUGGUGGAGGUCCCGGCGAAUCCAGAGGGCGGAGCUGGCGGUGGUUCUAUUGAGCUCUGGAGUUUCGAUGACGAUGUUCUGUAA